UUCCUCUCCUAUAUAUAUGUAUGUAUCCUAGUCUCGUUCAAUAUCUCACAAGCACAAAAAUCUCUCAAUUCGAAACUAGGAAAAUUAUCGACUAUGGCUUGUACUUCCAAUCUCCUUGCAGUUAUGCUGACUUUGCUGUUGGUAUCGACCCUGGCACGAGCACGUAAACUUGAGUCGACGUCAACCCUUUUAGCGCGUCUUAAAUUGGACGAAGAAGGAUCGUCUUCUUGUUGGGAUGCGAUGUUUGAACUCCAAUCUUGCAGUGGAGAAGUGGUGCUGUUCUUUAUCAAUGGAGAGACACAUCUGGGGCCGAGAUGUUGUGAUGCUAUACGAAUAAUCGAGCACCAAUGCUGGCCUUCGAUGCUUGGAUCCCUAGGCAUCACGGCCGAAGAAGGCGACAUUCUACGCGGCUUCUGCGAUGCAAGUGUUGACUCAGGCUCAAGCCCUGGCUCCACCACUCUGACCACUAAUCUCACCACUUGCCCCUCAUCGACUCCAUAGUCUUACACGGUUCAUAUUGUAUAUUGUGAUCACUGCACUAUCAAAAUGAUGAAGUAUUAUUAGCAAUAACAACAAGAGCCAUGGCUUUAUUAUUCUCGUAU